AUGUUUAUAGAGGGAAAGAUGACUCCGUCGGAAUGUGAUUGUGUGAUUGGGAAGACACAUGGGCUCCCAUAUAGUUGUCGAAUAAACUCCUUUAAAGAAGGGGGAGACCAGUUUCAGAUGGCACACUUGGCACCAUUCUGGUCUACUUUGGACUAUGCAAGACGAAAACAAAGAUACCAAUGA